GUGUGAGCCAGGGAGACUUCAUCCUCCAACUGGGCUGUUGAAUCAAUCCUGACAUGAGGACAGGAGCCGCGCCCUGCCCAGCAGACAUUACUGCCUUACAUCAGGGCAACUGACUCAUAUGAGUCCAACAUUGGAUGACCAAAGCCUAAUGGAUAUCCGGUGCACAGAAGAGGGUGCUGGACCUGGGAUCUUCAGAACAACAGUGUUGGGAUACCAGCGGCAACCCAUCUCUCAGUCCCAACGCUGGUGCUGCCUGCAACGUGGCUGUGUAAUACUGGGAGGCCUGGGGCUGCUGGCUGGAGCAGGUGUUGCUUCAUGGCUCUUAGUAUUGUAUCUAUGGCCGGCUGCGUCUCCAUCCAUCUCUGGGACAUUGCAGGAGGAGGAGAUGACUUUGAACUGUCCAGGAGUGAGCAGUGAGGAAGAGCUCCUUCCAUCUCUUCCUAAAACAGUGUCUUUCAGAAUAAAUGGCGAGGAUCUUCUGCUUGAAGUGCAAGUAAGGGCUCGGCCAGACUGGCUCCUGGUCUGCCAUGAGGGCUGGAACCCUGCCCUGGGCAUGCGCAUCUGCCAGAGUCUUGGGCACUUCAGGCUCACUCAACACAAGGCAGUGAAUCUGUCUGACAUCAAGCUCAACAGAUCCCAAGAGUUUGCUCAGCUCUUGGCUAGACCAGGAGGCCUUGUAGAGGAGUCAUGGCAGCCCAGCGCUAACUGUCCUUCUGGCCGAAUUGUUUCUCUCAAAUGUUCUGAGUGUGGGGCAAGGCCCCUGGCUUCUCGAAUAGUUGGUGGCCAAGCUGUGGCUUCUGGGCGCUGGCCAUGGCAAGCUAGUGUGAUGCUUGGGUCCCGGCACACAUGUGGGGCCUCUGUGCUGGCACCUCACUGGGUAGUGACGGCCGCCCACUGCAUGUACAGUUUCAGGCUGUCCCGCCUGUCCAGCUGGCGGGUUCAUGCCGGCUUGGUCAGCCACGGCGCUGUCCGACAACACCAGGGCACUAUGGUGGAGAAGAUUAUUCCCCACCCUUUGUACAGUGCUCAGAACCAUGACUAUGAUGUGGCUCUGCUGCAGCUCAGGACGCCAAUCAACUUCUCAGACACCGUGGGCGCUGUGUGCUUGCCGGCCAAGGAACAGCACUUUCCACGAGGGUCGCAGUGCUGGGUGUCUGGCUGGGGCCACACUGACCCCAGCCAUACUCAUAGCUCAGAUACACUGCAGGACACAAUGGUACCCCUGCUCAGCACCCAACUCUGCAACAGCUCAUGCAUGUACAGUGGGGCUCUUACACACCGCAUGCUGUGUGCUGGCUACCUGGACGGAAGGGCAGAUGCAUGCCAGGGAGACAGCGGGGGACCCCUGGUGUGUCCCAGUGGUGACACAUGGCACCUUGUAGGGGUGGUCAGCUGGGGUCGUGGCUGUGGAGAGCCCAACCACCCAGGUGUCUAUGCCAAGGUAGCAGAGUUUCUGGACUGGAUCCAUGACACUGUGCGGGUCCGCUAACUGAAGCAGCAGCAGCUACUGCCUGUGAUUCAGAACUGUGGAUCUCCCAUGGAUCAUCCCAGACUGUGUGAGGGCCAGCAUCUGUGUCUGUCACUGGGCCUCUCCCCAGAGGCUCUGCCUUCCAGUUUGUCUUUCUCAUCUGAGAACCUCCACAACAGUCUGGGGCUGGAUUGGGAAUGAUGGUGAGAGGAAGGGAUAAGAGGACAGAAGAGACAGAAGAGGCUUCUGGAAGCAUCUGGGAGACCGCCCCUCUGCUCUCCCCACACCCCAUGUGUAUCCACUGGGAGGAUGCUGGAGGUGUCCCAACCCUGCUUUCUCCUGGGGCCACUGGAGGGUUAAGCCCAACUUUAGAGGAUAUCCUGUCUCAAGGGUUCCUAGACAGAUAAGGUUAAGGUUGGACCAGCUCAUGUAAAGGCAUGGAAGUCAAGAUUCCUCCUGCCCCAUGCUGGUUCUGUUCUGAGGUAACUCUAGGAGCCCUGCAGGAAGCAGAAGUCUACAAGGUGAGAGGGGUGGAGUGGGGCUAGGAUGCUGUUUUUCAAAUGACAGUCCUGUAAAUUGGUUGAAAGAGUUUUGUUAUUAAAUGGGAAUUGUAUAUAA